AUGAACACAUUUUGUCUUGGAAGUUCCGGUGCUACCAUAACCAGCCGGUAUGUUUCAGUCAGUGAAUCUAGAUUACCACUCAAUCACGGUCUGUCGAAUUCCGAUUCCUCAGUUAUCAAGUUCUCAAACCAUAACCCAGCAAGAUCUUCUGAUGAGCGAUUGAAAUUAAGUUUCAGUUCAUGCAGCAGAAGAGAAGCAAUCGGCCUUGGUCUUUGUUUCUGUCUCAUUGAGUCGAUUCUUCACCCUCCAGAGCCCUGUUUAGCUGCUGAAAAUUCCGGCCCAUGUGAAUUCAGUGUAGGCGCUUCAGGACUUGCGUUCUGUGAUAAGGUUUUGGGUACUGGCCCUCAAGCUGAAAAGGGACAACUGAUUAAGGCACAUUACACUGGAAAGUUAUUGGAUGGAACUGUCUUUGACAGCAGCUAUAAUCGAGGAAAGCCUCUUACAUUUCGCAUUGGUGUCGGAGAGGUCAUCAAAGGUUGGGAUCAAGGAAUUCUCGGAGAUGAUGGAAUCCCUCCCAUGUCAGCUGGUGGCAAGAGGACCCUGAAAAUCCCACCCGAACUUGCUUAUGGUGUCAGGGGUGCUGGAUGUAGAGGCGGUAAGCUUUAUUACCUAUACAUUUCCCUCUACGGUGGUAUCUGGGAGUCUUGGACAUGA